AUGCUGGCAACCACCGCCGAAGGGCUGCCCUUCCUGCGGACGUCGCCCUCGCAACCUCACCACAUGUCACGGAUGAUUGGACGCAAAAACAAAAUCUACCAGUCCAAGAUUUUCAAAAUCACCGAGAUCCAGGACGAGCUCAUGCCGGCCGCCGAGGCGGAGGACCGGUGGGAGCGCAUCGUCACGCGGCAGCUGCGUGAGGAGGGGCUGCCGCCUCGGGAAGCGCCUUCGGGCGACGCGGAGGAGACCUACGCGUGGAGCCUGUACCUAUCCCGCCUGUGGAUUGAGUGGAAGAUUGAGGCGACGUGGCAGGACUGGAUCGCGCGGGGCGAGGCGCUGCAGCGCAUCGUGGACGCGGAGCAGGACCUGGCGGAUCAGGAAGCGGGACGGACGCGGAGGCCCGAACCGACGACUGGGGAGCAUGCGCGGCCGAUGGCAACGGUCAACGUCUCAGGGAGCAAGUACAACUUCUUGACUCCUCUUGAGCUCCAGGGGAAACCGAUUCAAAUGGACGGUCAUGACGUCUUUGCCUCGGAGACUUGGGCCGCGGUUGUCAGGUCACGGCACGGCAUGCUGCGAUCCUGGGCCGACAAGGCACAGACAGCUCAAAGAAGCACUGUAUAA